UCUGUAUGCGGCGCGAGGCGGAGCGGCGGCAGUCGGACAGGAUGAAAGCUGCCGCGCUCUUUUAAGCGCGCGUUCUGUGUGCGCGCGAGGACGGAGGGAUGCUUUUGUAGCGCGAGCGCGGAGACAGCGGAGCUCGCGGGUUCGUCACAUUCUCAGCUUUUGUUUGAACACCUGAGGAGGAGGAGGAAGAGGAGGAGGAGCGCAGAUGGAGACCGACAAGAUCCUACCGGAGCUGCAGGCGGAGAAGGAGGCGCUGGACCCGGCCUUCCAGCACUGUCUGCGGCUCCUGGAGCGAGAGAUCGAAAAGAAUCAGAGAGACGAGGGGAAGGAGGAGGAGAAAUUCAUCGACGUCGUCAUCAACAAGAACAUGAAACUGGGCCAGAAAGUUUUAAUUCCAGUCAAGCAGUUUCCUAAAUUUAACUUUGUGGGCAAACUCCUGGGGCCGCGUGGGAACUCGUUAAAGAGGCUGCAGGAGGACACCCUCACAAAGAUGUCCAUCCUGGGAAAAGGAUCCAUGAGAGACAAAGAGAAGGAGGAGGAGCUGCGGCAGAGCGGCGAGGCAAAGUACCAGCACCUGAACGAGGACUUGCACGUCCUUAUCGAGGUGUUUGCCCCGCCGGCAGAGGCCUACGCACGGAUGGGUCAUGCUCUGGAGGAGAUCAAGAAAUUUCUCAUCCCAGACUACAACGAUGAGAUCAGGCAGGCCCAGCUGCAGGAGCUCACGUACCUGAACGGGGGCUCCGAGGACGCCAAGGUGCCGUCGGUCAGGGGCAAGUCAGCCGUGCGUGGAAGAGGGACGCCUGCUCCAGGGCCCCCCAGGACUCGUGGAGGAGUUCCCCCUCUCCACGGAGCCGUGCCUCGAGGAGCAGCCCCCAGAGGAGCCCCCCCCAGCAGGGCUCCCUCCUCCAGAGCGAGAGGAGUCCAGAGAGCCCGAGGCGCCCUGCCCGCUGCCGGCUACAGGCCAGCCCCCCCCAUAGUGCAGGAGACGUACGGUGAAUAUGAAUACGACGACGGCUAUGGAACCACCUAUGACGACCAGGGAUAUGAGUCGUACGACAACAACUACAGUAAUCAAGGACAAAACUCAGAUGACUACUAUGAAUACGGGCCCAGCGGGGAGUCGUAUGAGUCGUACGGUCAGGAAGAGUGGGCAAAUUCUCGCAGCAAGGCCCCACCAGCAAGAACAACCAAGGGAGUCUACAGAGACCAGCCGUACUCCAGAUAUUGAACUGUUUAUACGAGCCGCACCUGAGCUCCCCCCCCCCUCCCAAGUAAUGGAUUUUUUUUUAUGGACGCUCCCACCUUUUUAGAAUUAAAAUGAAAAUAAUUUAGUAAAAAAAAUAAAUAAAAAAGACUAAACUGGAAUCCCCCUGAAUAAUUAAAUACAUCAAACCCUCACUCCCCCCCCCAUCCCCUCCAGGAGAUAUGACUGGAUCAGAAGAAUAAGAAAGAAAAGCCCACAGUAGGUUACGUUUCCUCUCAGCUCUGUAAAUGUUGAGGAAUGUUUCCCGGCUAGCAGCAGUCGGCUGAUGAAGGAAAGUCUCUGCGCAGCAGAACUCUUCCUCCUCUGUCCUUUAGACCUCUGAAAUGUAGUAGCUUAGCUUAGGACAGUGCGGUUCUGGGUAGACUCUUCGCAGAACUACACUUCAGUAACUGGUGAAACUUGUGUCCCCUGUAAAUGAGAUAUCUGCAAACUGGAAAAGAGAAACCCGUCUGUCUGUACACAUAUUGUAUUGCUGUAUCCUCCUCUUUUGUAAAAUAGUAGUCUGUUAAGGGGCUUAUAAAAGCAUGGUGUGCCACUGUGGAUAUUGACUAAUGUUUUCUUCUAAGCAGCCUGUUGUAGUUGUGUCCAUCCAUCCAUCCAUCCAUCCUCCCCAAACAUCCAGCUGUGCAGAAGUGCUGCUCGUCCUCUGAGCUGCGGCGCAGUCCCAGCCUCCUCAUGUCUGUGCUUUCAUUCCUUAGGUUGUCUAAAUAAGUACUUUAAUGUUAUUCUGUUUUCCAAACUUUUAAAUAGCAAACCUUUCUAACUUUUGACGGCCUAAUAUUAAUUUUUAGGAUCCUAAACAUCCGUCCGUCUGUGGAUUAGUUGAGCUUUGAGCUUAUGUAAGCCCUUUAAUAUUUCCUUCUUUGUUGAUGCUGAAUAAACAUUUUUCAAACAAA